AUGGAACUUCAGACUAUUGGUCCAAUUACAUUAGACUCAUCAAAUUGUACUGAUUUACGUAGAGGACAGUGUGAUUACCAACCAACAACAGUGACGCAAAAAGCUAACUUGAAUACAUGCAAUCCCAGUUCAACAGCAUGCGAAUUCUAUGAUCUCUCAACAACGCAACAAAUAGAAACACGUCAAAUGGAAAUCAAUAGACACUAUAAUAAUAACAAUACUAUACUUGAAAAAAUUAAAUAUAACUAUCAAGCAUCAUCUACAUUUUCAGCCCCCAAUCCGUCCUCUCCCAAAUUACCACCGUCAAUAUUUCAUUGUACAUCAAAUACUACUAAGGCAUCAAGCAUUACUUCUAUAUCUCCUCCUCCUCCUGCUAAUAGUAACAGUAAUAUUAAUGUAAUGAACGCCCCAAAAUCUUCACCUAUAUUACUGACGAAUAAUCGACUUUCAGAAUUAAUAUCGAAUUGCUAUGAACAACCUACAGCAAAUCUAUCUGUUGAUUGUUCUAAUGAACAAAUAAGCUUAACAAACACUGAAAACUUUCCAUCAAAUACACUAAAUUCUUUUGUUAAUAAUAAAAUUAAUAAAUCUAAUCAAAAAGAUAAUGAGGCAAUCUAUUAUGAUCAUGUAUCAUUGAAUAAAUAUUUAAAUGAAAAUAAAGACUCUGUACAGUCUACAUUUUUGAAUCUUCCCACUACAACAUUAUCGCAUUCAACGAACAUAACAUGUUCAACAUCCAUAUCAUCAUCGUCAUCAAGCAUGAUAGAAUUGUUUUCAACUAUGAAAGAACCAAUGAAAACCAAUAAUAUUUCAACAUUAAACAAUCUACAACAAUCAGCAAGGAAAAUACCAAGUAGAACACCAUCACCUUCAGUGUUAACUGAACAUGAAUUAAAUAAUAAUCCUAAUAAUGAACAAUAUUUAUCUUCUGAAAUAGAACAUUCUAAGUUGUCUAAUUCUGUCGAGAAUAGAAUUAAAUACUCAAAUAUAUUAAACAAUGAUAUUAACUUUUAUAAUAAUACUAAUCAAUCGUCAUUAAAUUCCCAACGUAAUUCGGAAUUAAACAUAAAUCCAUUGACAAAUGAUUCAUUGUUGAUAAUUAAAUCCUCUUCCUCGUCCACCUCAUCAUCAUCAUUAUUGUCACUAAUAUCUACUUCUGUCCCAUCAGUUACACCAUCAAUAUCAUCCACAUCAUCAUCAAUGUACCAACUGAAUUCCGUGAUCAAUACGAAUGAACCUACUUGUGAUAGGCAUGAUUUAUAUCAUAAUGAAUCAAUACCAAUUAUGCCAUUCGCAUGUACAACUAUUACAGAGACAGUCAGUACAACUACAUGUUCCAACUUAUCAUCUGUUUGUUCUACACUUCCAAACAGUUCUUGUAUCACUACAGUAAAUUCUAUGCUACCUACAUUAUCAACAUCAAUGACUGAUCAUUCAAGUAAUAAUAAUAAUUUAUGUCAAAUGAAUAGAUUUAAUUUAUAUCAUUUACAAAAUCCAUAUUUGUUAACAAGUUUAGAAAGUUCUAAGUUUUCAAUUCAAUCGCAUUUAGAACAAUUUCCAGUAAAUCCAAUAAAUUUUGUUACAACAUGUUCGACAAACGUUACUUUUUCUACAAAUACUACUAAUACUGUCAUAAAUACUAAUACAAACUGUAAUAAUAAUAACAUUAAUGGUAAUAAUAGUGGUAAUAGUGACGAUGAUGAUAAUGAUUGUGUUAGUGGUGAUGGUGGUCAGAGAGGUGGUGAUAGUGACAGUAAUUCAGUAAUCCAGUUAUAUCAACAACAAUCAACUGAUGUAUUAUCAAGAUUCCCUACUCCAUUAACUCUAAUGUAUGAGACUAUGAAUAAUAAAACUAGCAUCACGAAUAAUUUUCCGAUUUCCCCUAACACUAUGACAACAACCACUAAACCAACAGUAAUUACUGAUGGGACAUUAACACCAACAAAUUUGCAAUCAACUUAUUUUCCUUAUUCAUUUGUCAGUAAUCAUAUGAUUACCAAUGGUAAUAAUAAUUCUAUUAACAAUGCUAAUAAUAAUCUAACGGAUCGAAUUAAUACAGUAUGUGAUGAAUAUUUACCAUCAGAUUGUAGAUCAUCAGGUGGAAUACGGUCAAGAAAAAAGCGCAAACCGUAUACACGUUACCAAACAAUGGUUUUAGAAAAUGAAUUCAUGGGCAAUGCAUAUAUCACAAGACAGAAACGUUGGGAAAUUUCUUGUAAACUACAUUUGACAGAAAGACAAGUGAAAGUUUGGUUUCAAAAUAGACGUAUGAAGAAAAAGAAAUUACAGUCACGUAAUCACAAUCCAACUGGUAAUAAUGGAAUAACCAGUAGUCUUUCAGAAACUGGUAAUGAUAUCACCGGCAAAGAAAGUGUCGAAUGUAUGCUAGAAGAUGGUGAUGAUGAUGAAGAAGAAGAUGAUGAAGACGGGCAAAUUGAAGAUGACGAAGAUGACGAGGAAGAAGAAGAGGAUAAUGAGGGGGAAGAAGUGGGAGAAGAUGAGGAAAAGAAAGAAAUUGAAGGCAAUCAUCAUCAUCAUCCUCAUGAACAACAAUACAAUCGAAUUAUAAAUAAUUUUGACGGUUAUCGUCAUCACUAUAGCAACAACAAUAAUAACAAUGAAAUGAACUUAAGAGGACAGUUAAAACAAAUUGCAUUUAUGAAAAAAAUAGAUAAAAUUUCGGAUUCAACUAUUGAAGAAUAUGAUGAAGAUUCUGUAAGAAGUGAGAAAUUCAAAAUCGAACAUGAAUUCCUUAAUUUAAGUUCAGACAUCUAUUCAAAUGCAUCAUCAUGUUUUAUUGAAUCAAUAAAUGAUUAUGAAGGUAGUCAUCCAUCAAUUACAGAUAUAAGUAAUAAUAAUAAUAAUAAUAAUAAUAAACUUUAUAAUCGUACGAAAUUUAAUAAAUUCUCCCAUGAAUUAUUCCCUCCAUUUUACUAUAACUCAUCAAUUGAGAAUAAUUUAAUGAAUUCAGAAUUCAAUUUUAAUCCGGUCAAUAUGAAUCGUGAUUUAUUAUUUGAUCCUUUAAAAGAAUCGUUGAGAAACCAAUUAGUUAAUCCAAGUCAAAGUAAACAUUUAAGUUCUCAUAUGGGAUGGCCAUUGGUUAGUAAUAAUAAUAAUAAUAAUAAUAAUAAUAAUAAUAACAUUAUAAAAGAACACAAUAUGAAUUUAUCGUCACCAUCAUUAUCAACGACAGUCCCAACAAUAAGAACAUCCAUUGAAUCAACAAAUCAUUUCACAAGAUUAUCUUCAUCUCCCAAAUUAGAUUUACAAACAGACUAUCAUCCAAUAUGUUCAAUGUUUAAUAGUUCUUUCCAUCCAGCAAUUGAUUUAAAAUCAGCUUAUUUAACAUCUAACCGUCGAUUGCAACAAAGAGAUGAUGCUCAUCACAACCAAUUGCAUAAACAACACUGUUUAAAUAUCAAUCAAUCUGAAAUAUGUGAUUUUAUACUUUCAAAUGGAAGUUCUAGAGGAAACGAUUCUAUUCUAAAAACAUGUCCAACAGAGAGUUAUUCUCAAAAAUCAUUGAACUGUAGUGAAAAUUUUAAUACAUUACCACAGCUGAAUCCACAUAUUUUGUAUGAUAGUAAUGAAUCAACCGUGGACCUAACUACUAAUACUGUUAUAACCACAAAUAGUAAUACUCCUACAUCAAUAGGUGUGCCUUCAAGAAGCAGAAUGAAUAUUAUGAAUUACAAUUUAAAUCCAUUCACAGUAAAUGACUCUGAUUAUUAUAUGGGUCCAGUAGAGUCUAAUCACAGUUACACAUUUAAUCUUGACUGUUCACCAAUCUCUCAUUACUCCUUUUUACCUACCUUAACAACGACAUCAACAUUAGGAACACAAUUAACUACCUGUUGGCCUCCUAUAUCUACAUCAACUACUAAUAAAUUCUUAUCACCUCCUCCAGGGUCAUAUCCCUUACAGUCAACCAAUCCUGAUACGGAAGUGAGUGCUGCGGUAUCAGAUGAUAUCGAUCAAAGUAGUGAGUCAUUUUCAAGUAGCAUAGAUCAUGAAGUGUCAUUUCGAAAAAAUAUAUUUCAUUCCUUAAAAAGCUCUACAGCCGAUCAGAAUAUUUGUGAAUUAGAUCAAUCUAAUUUAUCUUAUUUACCAACAUCGAUGAAUGUAUAUAAUCCAUUCUCGAAAGGUUCACAUAAUUCAAAUCAAUUAAAUUUCUCUGAAAGUAAUGAUUCGUGUACUUUCUCAACUUAUACAUCACAACUUAAUAGUUCAUGUAAUAUGAAUGCAAAUGAAACAAUCAAUCCAUAUUUACCUGAAACAGAUUUUCAUUUAAUUACUGAUCGUGGUCAAGAUGAUCAUUCUAUAAAACAAAAUCCUUCAUUAACACAAUACUCAUUACCAUCUAGUACAAAUUUAUCUCCAUUACAUCAAUUAAACAAUGUAUUUAAUCAAGUUAAUCAUAGCGAUUUUAAUUCGAUGUUUUAUUCACCAUAUUUGCAUAAUUCAAAUUCAUUUGGUCAUUCAAUAGCUGGACAUGAUACGUUAACUAUUACCGAUUCAUAUAAUCCUAAUGCUCUAAGUAAUUUAACACAAUCAAUAAAUCAGUCUUUCAGUCAAUCUCCUAAUAUAACUCCUGUUAUUAUUAGUAGUAGUAGUGGUACAUUUACAAUGAAUAGUACUAUUCAUUUAAGUAAUUUAUGUAAUACGACCAAUAUAAAUAAUGUCACUCUACCAUUCCCAAUGAUUUCUACGAAUACACAUUCAUUAGACUUAUCUUCUACAUGA